GCUUUUUGGUGUUGGCGGAGGAGCGGCUGCCUUUCAUUGGGGCAAAUGCCUCUGACGCAGCCGGUUCCAACAGUAAAACGCCAACAAAAAACCAUAGAACAUCCGUGCAAAUCCAAUUUCGUUGUAGUUUACCGAAAAAUUAUUUUGUAAAUUGUUGUGCCAUUAAUUACCCGAGAACCAAAAAACCAACAAAAAAAACAAAAACAAGUCGACGGACGACACAGUGCACUGAUUUGUUGAAUCGAAUCGAAAGUGCGACAGAUUUUCGUUUUCGUUUCGAUUCGUUUUUUGUUUAUUUAUAUUUUUCGGUUAAUUUCGGAGUGAAGUGGAGAACGGUAUCGCAUCCGAUUGGGAGUUACCCCACCGCACCCCCAUCCCCCUUUCAAAGACAGAGAGACAGACACAGCAUGGACAUGAGAAUGGAGCUGGAGAGCUAUGUGCAGUCGUCGCCAAACACCAAUCGAUUCGUUGUCGAGGAUUCGAUCACUAAGGUCACGUCGGAUGGAGAGCCGCACGGCAUGAUGACCAUGGUGGCGGGUCUGUCCGGUCUACUGGCAGCCAUUAUCAUUCUGGCCGUGCUCGCCUCCAUGGUGGCCUGUCGCAAGCAGAAGAGCACCACCAGCAAUAAAAGCAGCCCAAGCAGCAGGAGGCUGAGCAAGAAAUCGAUGAACCUGGCCAUGACCAUUGUCGAGGAAGAGCAGCCGCAGCUGGCGGGCAAUCUCAAUGCAGCCUUCGCCGAGAGCACCCUGACCCUCCAGGGCCAGGAAAAGGACAAGGAGAAGGACACCCAGUGGUCCACCACGCCUACGUCCGUUGUGGUGCAGCGGUAUUAAAUGCAGGAUGCGGUCUGGAUUGCCGUGUGACGACGUGAUGUAAUGUGAACGCUUGAGACUGAGGCGGCGGUGGUCCCACCGCCACCACAUAGAUUUAUGCAUACCAUUCAUAUUAUUAUUAUUAUCUUUUUUCGUAGUGGUUUGUUUAAUUAAAUGUAUUGUAGAGU